UUCCACAACUCAAUCACUCGCAAAUUCCAACAAAUCUUCUCCAAAUUCGCCAAAAUCUGAUACUUUUGUGUAUAAAUUAGUUGAAGGGUGAUCAAAAUCGAUCAAACAAACAGAACAAAACGUUUGUUAAUGGCAGAAUUCACCGCCCUCCGUCGCCUGAAACCGAUCUUCAUUGUUGACGAAAUGUUGGUAGGGUUUGAGCCAAGAGAUGUCACCGGUGCCGCGAUGUACGGCGGCAGAAGCUGCGGGGGAUUGAGAAUAGCAGAGAAACGGAGGAUCACGAGGUUAAGCAAUUAUAACUACAAUCGUACCGUUAGAAGUACUAGAGUUUUCGCAUCGGCGUCUGGGAGCAAGUCGAAGGAUAUGAAAGGCACAGAAAGGCACGCGAUUGUUGAUCAGGAAGCUAUUUAUGAUGAACUAUUGGGUGAUCCUGAUUAUGAUAGUGAUGAUCUCUCUUGGUUUAGAGGUUUAGUGUUGGACAUCUCGUACAGGCCUAUAAAUGUUGUCUGCUGGAAACGUGCCAUUUGUUUGGAGUUCAUGGAAAAGGCUGAUGUUCUGGAGUAUUAUGAUCAAACUGUGAACUCUCCCAAUGGAUCCUUCUUUAUACCUGCUGUUUUAAGGGUUCCACAUUUGCUUCAAGUUGUCAAGAGAAGAAAAAUUAUGAGUACGCUUAGUCGAAAAAACAUUUUGGCUCGUGACAAUUUUUCUUGCCAGUACUGUUCUUCUACUGUGAACUUAACUAUUGACCAUGUCAUACCUAUAUCGCGAGGUGGGGAAUGGAAAUGGGAAAAUCUGGUUACUGCUUGCUUAAGUUGCAACUCGAAGAAAGGUCAUAAAACUCCUGAGGAAGCAAACAUGAAGCUGCAUAAGGCCCCAAAGGCCCCUAAAGACUAUGAUGUAAUUGCCAUACCCUUAACAAACACCGCGAUAAAGAUGCUGAGAAUGAGAAAAGGAACUCCGGAAGAGUGGAUUCAGUAUUUGGGAGGGCCAUCUCCGUGACAUCAUUUUGGUCGCAAUCUGUACAUGUUCAUGAUUCAAACAUAGUGUAAGCUUCUUUAUGUACUCCAAUGACCGACCCCCCCUUCUCCCACCAGCCGGUGAUCUUUAAUAGAUAACUCUAUUGUAUAUAUAUGUAAUGUAGCAUUCUAUGUAUAUUCAUCCAGGACUCGGAUUCUACAUUUCUAUGGACAUAUGUAUAAACUCGAAGCCACUCGUAAAUAAAUGCAUGCAAAUAGGCUUCUUUA